AUGGAGGAGCAGAGGCGCUGCUCCAUUGCGGCCACGCAAAUUCAACGCGUGUGGCGUGGGGUAAUGGCUCGUGAGUGGUUAAGAACCGUUGUGAAGGCUGUUCUAACCCUGCAGAAGGUGGUAUUAGUCUUUUUGGUCAAGCAGCGCGAGCGGUACCGGAUUCUGGCGGAGGAACAGGAGAAAUUGCGAGUGGAGCGAGAGAAGCGCGAAACGAUCGCCUGCAAGAUCAUUCAGGCGCGAGCCCGAAUUUUUCUACGUCGACUCGCGAUUCGGCGAGCCAUCCCUGCAAGGCAGCGGCGCUAUUUUAUGGCGGCGCGGACAAUCCAACGGGGCUACCGAGACUACCUCCGACGAUGUGAAGUCAUGCGAGCCACUAUCGCGGAGGCCAACCGACGAGAGGACGAAAUUCGCCAGUUCAGAAGAAAAACUGCCGUCCGCUGCAUUCAGCGUGCCUUUUCGCAUUAUCGCGCACAGAAAAUCGAGGAUGAGGCACGUGCACUGCUUCAGCGCCGCAACAAUGCGGCGGUUCGCAUUCAGUCUCUUGUUCGCGGCCUGCUGACUCGCGCGUGGUUUAGCUAUUACCGAGCUUACUGCCGAGAUCAGUUCCAGCGGUCCGCGAUCAGUCAGCGUCGGCUGACCGUCAUCCAAGCCGCGUGUCGUGCACUCCUUGCCGCUCGUUACUGCCGUUCUCGGUGUUUGCAGCUCUUACACGAGUCAUAUCAGCGCCGGUUGAACAACGAAGCGACGCGCAUACAGUGCCUCUGGCGUCGUCGAGUUGCCGUCAUAAAGUUUGAGCGGCUACAAGCCGAAAAGGCCCGCAUGGACCGUCGUGCAAGAGUCAUUCAGAGGUGGUACCGCAUGUGUUUGAUCCGAAGAGAGUACAUCGCCAUCCGCAAUGCGCACCGUCAAGAACGCGCCGCGCGCAAAAUUCAAACUUGGGUUCGGAUCUGCUGGGAAGAAAAAAAAGCACGCGAGUUUGCGCAGUAUCACGCGGAAUUGCUGCGCAAACAGCGCCUAGAGCGGCUGCGCGCGGAGUCUAUUCUUGUCCUUCAGGCAUUUAGUAAAGCACAGUUAAGUAAGUUGAUGGUAGCGAGUAUGCAGAGGACCUAUUUAAUCCAUGACACCGUUGCUAAGACUUGGCAACGUGUAGCACAAGGGUAUAUUGCUCGGAAAAAAAUGGCUCGUGAAAAGGAACUUCACGCCACCUUCAUACGCAAUGAGAUGGAGCUGGCUAUACGGACUGCAGCCGCGCGCAUCUUGCAGCGUGCGUGGCGAUUUGCAUUCGCUAAAAUGAAAGUUGAACGACGGCGGCGAGAAAUCCUUGCAGCCACCCUUAUCUCCCGCUUCUAUCUUGCCAGGAAACAACUUUCGAAGCUUCGUAGCGAGAAGAAACUUCAAAGACAGCAAGAUGCAGUCAGGGUCAUUCAGCACGCGUACCGCGGGAUGCGCAAGAGUCGCGUGAUGAAGGAUAUGGUUGUUUACUACCGCGCCCAGUAUAACAAAAAGAUUAUCCGCCUGCGUUCAGACGAGGCCGCCAGCAUGAUCCAGGCCGUCUGGCGUGGACACGUCACGCGGCGAGUGAUGGUGGGUAUCUACGCUGAGCAAAAGCGCCAGGCCGACGCAGCCACACGCAUUCAACGAGCAUGGCGAUGUCACCGCUUUGGCCUUUCUCUCAAACGAGAAAUACGAAUGCGGUGUCGGCGGCGCGAGCGGCUCAACAAGGCGGCCAUUCAGAUUCAGUGCUUCUGGCGUAAGAUGAUGGCCUCUGAACGUGCGGCGGUUCUACGGGAGAAACAAGCAACACGGUUGGAAAAAAUCAUAAAGAUCCAACGCUGGUGGCAGUAUAUUUUGGCAGAUCGCAUUGCUUCGAAGUUGUGUCUGCAGGAAGACCAAGCAGCCCCAUCUGUUCCCCCUUGCCACCUGUUGACAUCCUUAUGUCUGCAGAAACAUUAUGCCGAUUCGGAAUUAAUGGAAGGGAAUAGAGAAAAAGAGGUAGAGGACUCAGAGGUCUAUAUUCACGACGAAAGCAAAAUGUCGUCUACGGUGUUGGUGUCACCAAGCAACGAUAGUCCUCAAGACUACUGUCCCUCUUCGAGCCGACCCCCCUGCCCUGGUGCAGUGGUAGAUGUCAUCAAUGCAGUGUUUAGUAUACAAAAAGCACUUCGUGGUGUCUUAUCCAACGAGGAGACCCAACGUCGCAUUUUAAAUCAGGCCCAUGACGAACAACAGAAAGAACUACAGCAGUUGGUGUUCACCGCACCCGACGUCGUCGCGGAGAAACCCCAAGAAAGGAGCGAAUGCGAUGAAAGCCACCAAGAGUGGUCUUGCCUUACGUUGGAUCCGAGUGUGGUAGUGCGGGGAUUGUUUUCGCAAAGGGCGCUGCAUUCGCGAAGUGGCGGGAGGGGCUCCCCAGAGCCCUUUGAUCGAAUGCCCCUGCACUUACACCAGACGGCCGCCAUCAUCCAACGGGCUUAUCGAGCCCAUCGCCGGACGAGGGGAAAGUGGGCCCGGCAGGUCCUGGGCAGUGCCGCGUCCACCGUCCAGCGCCAUUGGCGUGCGCACCGCCAGCGGGUCCUCGCCAAGGAAGCCGCCCGACUUGAGGCCGUGGCGCGGCUUCUGCAGAGCCACAUUCGGGCAUGGCUCGUCCGACGCGCCUGGGAGCAGCAGCACGCGCGCCUCUGGGAGGAACGCCGCGAGCGGAUCAUUGUGGAGGACGCGCUGGACAUGGCCGCGACGACGAUACAGUCGGCAUGGAGGAGUACGCUGGCGUGUCGUCGUGUGAAGGCCCUUCGCGCGCGGCGUGAGUUGGAGAAGUCAAAGUGUACCUGUGAUGAGGCUGUUAGGAUGAUUCAGAGAGCCUUUCGAGUGCAUUUAGGUCGACUUAAAGCGAAAAAAUGA